AUGCUGCAAAAAAGUAAAAUUUGGGAUUAUUGGAAUAUUUUGUCGUCCAAAGAAAUAAGUCAGCUUAAUAGUUGUAGCGAAACAUCAAGUAAUGAUAAAAAUGAUACAGAAGAUUUUGUUUUUUCUUCAUCAAAUACUCAAGAUCAGAAAGGCACCAAAAAAUUACAUCCACCUGUAAAAUGUAAAUACUGCUCUAAAAAAUUCAAAUGCGGACUUGCAACUCGUAUGCAAAGUCAUACUAAUAAUUGUUAUAAUGCAUCUGAAUCAGCAAAGACUAUCAAAAAACUGAAGCUGCAAGAUUCAGAUUUAACUCAACAAAUAAUUCAACAAAUAAUUUAUGAUCAAAGUACAACAUUAUUAGAAGUACGAAUUAAAGUGCAAUUACAUUCAAAUGAAUUUUGGAAUGACCUUAAAGUUAUCAUUAGAAUUCUUAAACCAAUUGUUGCUGCUUUAAAAGCAUUUGAAGCUGAUAGCUCAACAAUUUCAACAACUUAUUCCUAA